ACAUUAUGAACGAAACUCAACCACUCUAUUUGCAACUUCACGCUUUUAUUCGAAACCAAUUAUACAAAAAAUACGGUUUGAAAAUAAUCAAAGCAAAUGGAGUUAUUCCUGACCAUUUAUUCCGACAAGUUGUAGCUCAAAUUUGGACAAACGCAAGUAUUAUAGAGGAAAUGUUUCCACUGGCUAAGCUUCCACCCUACAAUAAUAUUCUUAAAAAUAACAAUUAUGAUGCCUUGGAACUUUUUAAAACUGCCAAUAAAUUUUACAAAUCUCUUGGAUUUGAUUCUUUACCCGAAACUUACUUGGGCUCUGAUAUAAGAAUGAAUAAGGAAACAGAUGAGGGUGAUUGCAAGCCAACAAUUUAUGACUUUACAAAAAAUGUUUGUAUGUACUUUUGUCAUAAAAUGGACUUCAGGACGUUCCUACAAGCUCAUGGUUAUAUGGGUCAGAUGUAUUAUGCUCAAGAAAAGACCAAUCUUCCAGCUUACUUCUUUGAAGCACACGAUCUUGAGCUAUCAGUUGGAGAAGCAGUAAUUCUUUCAGCAUCGACAUUGGGUCAUUUGAAAACUAUUGGACUUUUAAAUAAUUUUGACAUCACCGAAGAAGUGGAAUUCAAUCGACUCUUAAGGAUGGGUUUUCAUACAUUGCUUAAUAUUCCUCAACAUUUUGUCCAUGCCAAAGUAAUGGCUGACUUUUUCGCUGGUAAAGUUGAAUUGGGUCUUCUCAAUAAACAUUAUUGGAAACUAAUGGACCAGUAUGUUGGAGUUGGACCUCCAUUGAAUCGAGUUAGCAAUACCUAUGAUUUUCCAGUAAAGUUUUAUACUGAACUUAAUGAAAACCGACAAGCAAGAAAGUUCAACUCUGAAGUGUUGGGUUAUCAGUUUUAUAAAAAACUAUGCCAGAUCAGUGGAAAAUAUUCUGAAGAUGAACUUCAUAAAUGUGAUUUCUUUGGCAGCAAGGACGUAGGUGACGCACUUAAAAAAAUGAUGAAACUAGGAUCUUCAAAGAGGAAAAAUGAGGUGCUGAAAACAUUAAUUAAUGAAAAUCCAACAAUAAGUUCCGAUAGCUUACUGGAAUAUUACAAACCUAUGAUGGUUUGGCUAUCUGAGAAAAAUACAGAAGAAAAUGUACAGCUUGGAUGGACACGAUCUAAUAAAAAGGUUAAUCGUGUUAUAAUAGAUUCCGGUGAAGAAUAUGAGGAUGACUAA